CUGGGCCGGUGCCCGGACUGCAGCCAGUGGAAUUCGCUGGUGGAGGAAGCGGUCACGGCCCAGCCCCACGCGCGGGGCGACGGGGACGCCGGCCCGGCGCGGGCGCCUUCGCCCAUCCACGCCGUGACCACGGAUACGGACAGCCGCAUGCGGUCAGGCAUCGAAGAGUUCGACCGGGUGCUGGGGGGCGGCCUGGUGGACGGCUCCGCGGUGCUCAUCGGCGGCGACCCGGGCAUCGGCAAGUCGACGCUGCUGCUUCAGGCAGUGGCGGCCCUGAGCCACGACGGACCGCCCUGCCUUUACGUCUCCGGCGAGGAGUCGGAGCAGCAGGUCAAGAUGCGGGGACAGCGCAUUUCCCUGGCGUCUUCGAACCUGCUGGUGCUGAGCGAGACGUCGCUGGAGCGCAUCCUGGAACAGGUCAGGGCGGUCAAGCCCGCGGUGCUGGUGGUGGAUUCCAUACAGACGGUGCACACCUCCGCCAUCCCUUCCGCUCCGGGGAGCAUCGGGCAGGUCCGGGAGUGCUCGAGCGCAUUGAUUUCCCUGGCCAAGAAGAGCGGCAUCGGCACCUUUCUCGUGGGUCACGUGACCAAGGACGGCGCCAUCGCCGGCCCGCGCAUCCUUGAGCACAUGGUGGACACGGUGCUCUACUUCGAGGGCGAGCGCGGUCACAGCUUCCGCAUCCUGCGGGCGGUCAAGAACCGCUUCGGCUCCACCAACGAGAUCGGCGUGUUCGAAAUGCAGGAAGCCGGCCUCCGGGGAGGGUCGGGCUCGGUGGUGGUCCCGAGCAUGGAGGGAACUCGCCCGAUCCUGGUGGAGAUCCAGACGCUGGUCACCCGGUCCUUUCUCACCCUGCCCAGGCGCACGUGCAUCGGCGUGGAGUCCAACCGGGUGGCGCUGAUCCUGGCGAUUCUGGAGAAGCGGAAAGGGAUGAACUUCUACGACAAGGACGUUUUCAUCAAUGUCGCCGGCGGCGUCAGCGUAUCCGAACCGGCCGUGGACCUGGGCAUCGCGGUGGGGUUGGCCUCGAGCGCGCUGGACCGGCCGGUGGACCCCUACACGAUCUUUGUCGGCGAGGUGGGACUGGCGGGAGAGAUCCGCACCGUGAGCCGGGCCGAGGCGCGGGUGGCCGAAGCGGGCAAGCUGGGCUUCCGCAAGUGUGUCCUGCCCCAGGGCAACUGCCGGCAGCUUCCGCAUGUCACGCAUCCCGAGUUGGUGGGCGUCGCAUCACUGGACCAGUGUUGGGAGAACAUCUGGUAG